AUGACAUAAAUUUUUGAAUAAAUUGCUGUGAAACCUGCCAAAAUAAAUUGUACUUCAAUUUAAUAUUAGAACUUCAAUUUAUAAGGCAAGGUAUCAUUGCUAUUUGAAGCUAUGAAUUAAAAAUGCCUCGAUCUUCAUUCUAAAAUUUAUCUUGAUUUGCUAUAAGAAUCAAUAUAAGAAGAUUAUAAUGAUAAUAUUCUGAGAUUUCAAUCAUUAAAAUUAUAUAAGCAGUCCUUAAUCUAAUCUAUGUAAAAUGAACCUUUAGAUAAUUUAACAAUUGAUAGGUGCUUUGAUAUCAACUCAACUCAUGUAUUUAUUAUGUAAAAUACCACUUAACCUGAAGUUGAUCUAACGGUCAAAAUAUAAAACUUAAAAUAAUAUACAAAUAAUUUAAACAGAACCCUAAAAUAUUUUAGAAAGCUAAAAAUACAAUUUUAGGAUGAGCUAUAACUAAAUUAAUAUACAUGGAAUGAAUAAGUCUUUCAACAGUAUUAAAGCUCACAAGAUUGCUUAAGAAAUUAAUUAUACUACCUAGAUGACAUUUAUUCAAAUUUUUCAAAUAUAAAUUUACAAAAUGAAGUACUUUAUUAGGCUAUUGUUGAUUUGUUAAAGUUCAUUCCUUUAAUUUCAGAGGAAACAUAAAAUACAAUUAUAGUAAACAAAGAGCCCUUGGUUUUUAAUGGAAAUGAAAUUAUUUGGUAAUUAAAAAGAAGAACAAGAUCAUCAUUCAAUUCAUAAUUUAAUAUUGAACCAGCCUAAGAAGAUUUUCUAGUAGAUUAUAUUUAAUUGGAAUCACUUUAAUUUUAAAAAAAUCCGUUAAGAUUCAGUUCAGAACUAAAAGAAUUACUCAAAACUUAAUCUAAUGACUCAACACUAAAAAUAUACACAUAAUAUUACUAUCUAACAUAAUUGAAAAAUGUCUACCAUAAUAAAUUUAUAUCAUAUGAAAAUUUUUCAUCUAUUUAUGGUACAAACUUUGGAUCCUAUCAAGUUUGUAAAAAAUACUACUUAAUAUUUAUCUGA